GGAGAAGACGAUAUGGAGUGGGAAGUUGGAAAGAGAGAUGGUGCUAAUCUAUGAAAUGAUAAAGUCCUCAGUGUUUGUCAGCUACAAAUUCACUCCACAAAUACUAUCAUUAUGCAAAAACAAAAACAGUCUGUUUGGGAUUAAAAAUAUUACAAAAUUCCCAUUCUCGUUCCCGUUCCUAUUCCCAUUCCCAGUGAGGACGAGGAGGAUUUGGAUUAGAAUGAUGCACAAUUCUACAACUACUUCUGUUGAUGCGCUUCAGCAAGUUAUACACACUACUCACACCCACACCAACGAAGAAACUUGUUUGAAACAAACAGGUGGAGGCGGGUGGGAGCAGUGCUGGAAGCAAGGAUUGACUCCAUGGGAUUUGGGGGGUCCUACUCCUCUUCUUUUGCACCUUCAUCGCACUGGAUCCCUUCCCAAGGGCAGGGCUUUACUCCCUGGUUGCGGUACUGGUUAUGAUGUGGUAGCAAUUGCUGGUCCUGAACGCUACGUCAUUGGGUUAGACAUAUCAGGCCAUGCCAUCAACAAAGCCAUACAGCUGUCUUCCUCGCACCCGAAUUCAAGUUAUUUUACCUUUCUGGAGGCGGAUUUUUUCACUUGCCAUCCAACAGAUCUGUUUGAUCUCAUCUUUGACUAUACGUUCUUUUGUGCAAUUGAACCUCACUUACGAUCAGCGUGGGCGCGGAAGAUGGCAGAUAUCUUAAAACCAGAUGGCGAACUCAUAACACUAAUGUUUCCUAUUAGUGACCAUGUUGGUGGGCCUCCUUACAAAGUAUCAGUUUCAGAUUAUGAAGAGGUGUUGCAUCCAAUGGGCUUUAAGGCGAUCUCGAUCACGGAUAACGAACUAGCUGUUGGACCUCGCAAGGCAAGAGAGAAGCUUGGAAGGUGGAAGAGGUCAUCAGUAUCACCAGCUAAAUCCGCUCUAUGAUCACAAUUAUAAUAAUACUAUUUUCCCUUUCUGUUUGGAGCCUUGUCUCUGUCGCUAAAGGUUUGAAUCUGUUACAUAAUAAAUAAACUUGCUAUUGUUUGUAAGUGUAACCUUGCAUCUGAAAUCUGAAUGUCUGAACACUAGAAUCAUUUUGGUGAUAUAAUUUAAAACGUUUACAUAAGGUGAUACGA